GAAGAGGAAGAGGAAGAAGAAGAAGAAGAAGAAGAAGAAGAAGAAGAAGAAGAAGAAGACGAAGACGAAGAAGAAGAAGAAGAAGAAGAAGAAGAAGAAGAAGAAGAAGAAGAAGAAGAAGACGAAGAAGAAGAGCGAUGACUCACAGAAGAACCAGACUCUUCAUCAUUGCUGCCGUGGUGUCCUAUGUGAUGACAUCAUGCGGCGCCGUCCCCAUCAACGACCUGUUGGACCGAGCGUCUCAACGCUCAGACAAACUGCACUCGCUCAGCACCACACUCAGCCAGGAGCUGGACUCUCACUUCCCUCCGAUUGGUCGGCUGAUGUUGCCCCGCCCCUCGAUGUGCCACACCUCCGCUCUGCAGACGCCCACUGACAAGACACAAGCUCUUCAAGUAUCAGAGUCCGACCUGCUGUCCCUGGCUCGCUCUCUGCUCCAGGCCUGGGACGACCCCCUGUCCGUCCUGUCCUCCUCGGCCUUCUCUCUGCCUCACCCGGCUCAGAGCAGCAUCUUCAACAAGGUGCGCGAGCUGCAGGAGCACUCCAAGAACCUGUGGGACGGCCUGGACGUCCUCUCUGGGAAGAUGGGUGCAGCGGAUCAGACCCUCUCCUUCCUGCCCUACAGAGGCAACGACCUCGGCCAGGACAGGAUCUCCAACCUGAUCGACUUCCACUUCCUGUUGUCCUGCUUCCGACGGGACUCGCACAAGAUCGACAGCUUCCUGAAGGUCCUGCGCUGCCGGGCUACGAACACACAGCCUGAGACGUGCUGAGGGGUCGAGGCCCGAGUCCGAGGGGAGAUUUACCCAAAGCUUCUGUUCCCUGUCAACUGUAGAUUAGCUUGUUCUAUCGAUCUGCUGUCUGCUGUGCUAUCUGCUGAGGGGGGGGGGGGGCUCUCAGGAGGAAAUCAGGUUCUAUUUAAUGUGACCCAUCGUCGUGCACAACCCAGUGACUGCACUGAUCCAAUUCUAAUGUAAUCAAACAGAUUCCUCAUGUGACCUAUCAGAAUCUGUGAAGGAGUUUGAAACCUUCUGGUCAAAGGUGUUGAGGUGGAACACGUUGAAUUAAUACAUAUUCAAUAACAAAAUGACAUCUGGACCUAAAAUACUCUCUUUGUGAGCGUCUUCAGAUCCUUUAUGUGACGUCUGAGAUCCAGAACACGACACAAAUAUGAUUCUGAUCAAUAAAAACUCAGCUCGAAGCACAAAAUUAACCAAAAUAAUCAGUGAUGAGUGAAGAGCCGACCCUCAGAGUCCCAGGUUGAAGAGGUCCAGUGGGGAUUCGGUCUGCUGACGGACCCGAGGACCACUCGUCCCCAGAUGUGUCCAGCUGUCCACGCUGAGGACCACAGCUUCCUGCUCCUCAGAGAGAAUCACUGUUCAACUCUCCUGAAGACAAACUGCAGCACUGACUUCAUUUUCCACUGACACACUUCUUCUGUAUGUCAAUAAAAAGCGUCCCUUGCACAGUCUGA